CAGCGGCCGGUGCUCCCGGUGUACACGGACGGUCAGUUAUGGCUGUCUCUAUUGGUAUUGGUGUCUCCAGGCUCCAGCAUCAUGGCCGCCAGCCGGAGGGCGGAGUCACAGUGCGGAAGUAGUGGGCGGGGCUCAGGCUGUUUAUCUUCCUCCGUCACAGGAACCGACAGGGAAACACCGACAGCAGCUCCUCCUCCUCCUCCCCGGUCACCUACCGACAGCAGCUCCUCCUCCUCCUCCCCGGUCACCUACCGAUCCCAGGUCCCGGCAGUGACAGGAGCAGAGCCGGUCCGAGACAGACAGACAGACAGAGAGACAGACAGCCAGAGAGACAGACAGCCAGCCAUGAAGUUUGUCUAUAAGGAAGAACAUGCGUUCGAGAAACGGCGAUCAGAGGGCGAGAAAAUCCGCAAGAAAUACCCGGACAGAGUCCCUGUGAUUGUGGAGAAAGCACCUAAGGCCCGCAUAGGUGACCUGGACAAGAAGAAAUACUUGGUUCCCUCAGACCUUACAGUUGGUCAGUUUUAUUUCCUUAUCCGAAAAAGAAUUCACCUCCGUGCGGAAGAUGCUCUGUUCUUCUUUGUGAAUAAUGUGAUCCCACCAACCAGUGCCACAAUGGGCCAACUCUAUCAGGAACACCACGAAGAGGAUUUCUUCCUGUAUAUUGCCUACAGUGAUGAAAGCGUAUAUGGGAACUAACCCUACAUCUCGAUAAUCUCCCACAUGGCACUUAUAACUUUGAGAUCAGUUCUUCUUUUCUCCCCAACCCUUAUUUCUUAAUGACUUUUUUUCUUUUCUUUUUUUUUUUCAUUUUCUUUUGUUUGACCUAUCCCUUUCAUUCCCCCCAUCAGCUGUUUAAUUGCCCCAUCUGGGGUGGUUGGGGGCUGUUCUUCCUUUUAACAACCAAUGGUGGAAAAGGAAUCCCAUGCCACCGCCCAGGUCAUUGGUAAUAAAAUGAAACUGAGAA